CUGCUUACCGACUCUCUCCCACCAAACGAAAGAGAGAGCCAACUCGAACGCGAAGCCACACGCAACGGCAUCAAUCCGCUUGCAGAAGGAUAUUCGGAUUAAGCUUGUUGAGCUCCUUAGUGAACAUCUUGAAUGGCCAUUAUACCUUGUGGUAGUACAUCAGUCGCUCAAUGGGGUAUUCGUCCUCAGUUUAUGAUAAGGUCCUAUAUCCCAAGCAGGGCAUCAACAUCCCAAUCUGGUGUCACUGGCAGGUUAAGCUGUCUGGCGGCUCCAAGUUCAAGUUUAUUUUCACGUGAUUCCUUCUCAUUGUCAUCUUAUGUGGGAUCAUCUCAAACUUCACAUCGCCGUAGAGGAGCACGAUUUGUUGUUAGAGCUGAUGCGGAUUACUAUUCUGUCCUAGGGGUGUCAAAAAAUGCCAGUAAAUCUGAAAUAAAAAGUGCUUAUCGGAAGCUUGCUAGGAGUUAUCACCCGGAUGUGAACAAAGAGCCUGGUGCAGAACAGAAAUUCAAGGAAAUAAGCAAUGCAUAUGAGGUCUUGUCAGAUGAUGAAAAACGAUCCCUGUAUGACAGGUAUGGAGAGGCUGGACUUAAAGGUGCUGGUAUGGGCAUGGGGGAUUUCAGCAAUCCUUUCGAUUUGUUUGAGUCACUAUUCGAGGGCAUGGGUGGUAUGGGCGGUAUGGGUGGAAUGGGUGGUAUGGGCGGUAUGGGGGGCAGAGCCUCCAGGAGCAGAGCAGUUGAUGGACAGGAUGAAUAUUACAGCCUUGUCAUAAAUUUUAAGGAAGCAGUUUUUGGAGUUGAAAAAGAGAUAGAGGUAACACGCCUUGAGAGUUGUGGGACUUGUGGUGGUUCGGGUGCGAAACCAGGGACAAAGCCAUCUAAAUGUACUACCUGUGGUGGGCAAGGGCAAGUUGUCUCAUCAGCAAGGACUCCUUUAGGUGUCUUCCAGCAGGUAAUGACCUGCUCUUCAUGUAAUGGGACUGGCGAAGUGUUCACUCCAUGCAACACAUGUUCUGGGGAUGGACGUGUGAGGAGAACAAAACGGAUCAGUCUGAAAGUUCCAGCUGGUGUGGAUACUGGUAGCCGUUUAAGGGUCCGCGGCGAAGGGAAUGCUGGAAGAAGAGGUGGAUCUCCCGGUGACCUAUUUGUUGUUAUUGAUGUUAUCCCAGACCCUGUACUAAAACGUGACGACACCAACAUUUUGUACACUUGCAAAGUUUCAUACAUAGAUGCAAUUCUGGGGACUACAAUCAAGGUCCCAACGGUGGAUGGCAUGGUUGAUUUGAAGAUCCCAGCUGGGACGCAGCCGAACACAACACUUGUAAUGGCAAGGAAAGGGGUACCAGUACUAAAUAAAAGCAACAUGAGAGGAGAUCAGUUGGUACGUGUGCAAGUUGAAAUCCCAAAAAGAUUGAGCAGCGAAGAGAGAAAGCUUAUUGAGGAGCUUGCAGAUCUAAGCAAGGGAAAGACAGCGAGCAGGAGAUAGUUGCAUGUGCAUUUUUGUAUUUUCAAUUUUAAUUUUCUUAUCUUGGAAAUCAUAUUCCGGGUUUGAUGGAUGAUACUCGGGAGCGAUGAAAAUCUCUAUUGAGCUGUGGAAGGGUUAACCAGUUCUCAGUAGUAGGUAAAAUUAUAUAUUAAUACUUUUGUCCAACAAAAAAAUAAUAUAUGUUUAGGGAAAUUAGAAGGUGAAAUGGGAGAUACAUCCCUCGUUAAUUUUGUUUCUGUACUUUUUACAGAAUUUACUUAUUAAGUAUUUUUUGGACUUGGACUAAAUUUUGUGUAGGCAUUUCAUUUUUCUAAUAUUAA